AUGGAAUGCAAAGAUCGUUCUGCGUCCAUUGUAAAGGUUUUUCAAUUUUUCCAAACUCCUCAGCAAGAAAGCACCAAAACGUUAUCAGAAUCUACCCUCAUAGAUACAUUAAGAUCCAAUUUUUAUUCAUCGAUUCAAACGCAAUUGUUUGAUAAUCGUCCUACUACUAUAGAAGAACUGCAGGGUCUCAUCCAAAACCUCUAUUCCUUUUGGUUUUCUUACAGGGAUUAUGCUACGAAAGAUCCCACUAUCCAACUUGACCAUGUCCAGCAAUGUUUCUGGAGUCUUUGUAGAAGGCACCUACCGCUUGAUCAAAUUCGGAAGCCCUUAUUUGCUUACCUAAAAAAAAUCUUAAAUUUAUGGUCAGAAAACGAAUCUAAUCCAUCUCUCGGUCUAGAAGAUUUUUUCCAUCUUUGUGAAAGACUAAGACAAUUGGGUUUGGUUUCAGAGUUGAAGGAAACUUUUGCGCUUUCUUUAAAAGAUCAUGUACAAACCCUUUUGUAUCGACGUUACGGCUAUCACUGGUCUUACGGUGUUUACCAGGAGGCAGCUGAGUGGAUCCGAAGUGAGCUUACACUUUUGGUUGAACAUGUCUCAUUUCUUUCCACUGCUUCCGUACAUAUUCAACUUGAUCAGUUAGUUUCAAAUUUACUUGGACGAUUACGAUCUGAUUCUAUUUUUGAAAUAGUCUUGGAGUAUCCUCGAUCGUCCGGUGCUAUUGAAGACUUAAGACUCGCUGCUCGCCAGCCAGAACAACGUCAGUAUUUAGUAGAAAAGUUCAUGUCUAACUGUGAAAAAAACAUAUUGAGACCAAGUAAAGAUACAUCUUCUAUCCUCAUCUUUUACGUCUCAACUAUACGAUGCUUUCUCGCAUUGGAUCCGCCAGGUGUUUUACUGGAUAAGGCCUUGAAACCUAUCCGUAGUUUUUUAAAUGAGCGAGACGAUACAAGUAAAUCAUUGGUAUAUCUUCUUUUCAGCAAGUCUGAAAAUGGCUUGUCUAAUGAGCUUUCAAAACUUCCUGCCAGCAAUGUGGAUGCUGCUUCCGAUCGUAAUGAUUACCUAAAGUGGAUGCCAGAUCCCAUUGAUGCGGCUCCUGACUUUCGAAAACCGACAGAUAAAGAUAUUAUCGCGAGUCUAAUUUCUAUUUUCAAAAGCAAGGAAACCCUCAUUAAGGAACUUCAACUGUUGCUUGCAGAACGUUUAUUACAAAUUACGGAUUAUAAUUACGAUCAUGAAGAAAAAAAUAUAGGAUUCCUGAAAUAUCGAUUCGGGGAAUCCACGCUACAAAUGUGUAAUGUCAUGCUUGAAGAUAUAAAGAAAUCGAAAUACAUCGAUUCAUUCAUCCAUGAAAGGGAAAAUGAAUCAGAUGUUUUCCAUGCUACUGUUCUAUCUAGAAUUUUUUGGCCUAAUCUUAUAGUACGGUCAUUCAGAACGCCCAAAGCAAUUCAGGAAGAACUUGACAAGUACGCGAAUAGCUUUUCUAAAAAUCAAAAUAAACGCGAGUUGGUCUAUUUGCAAAAUCUAGGAACUGUGGAAUUGGAGAUUGAGCUUGAAGAUCGAACAUUGAACAUAUCUGUUACUCCUGAACAAGCUACGUUAUUGUCUUUUUUUGAAGAGUCACCAACUCUUAGACUAGAAGAAGCUGCAAACCAAUUGGGUCAGCCCACAGAAAUAGUGAAAAAGCAUAUCAACUUUUGGGUUCAUCAUCAAGUGUUAACAUUGGUAAAAGACGAUAUCUAUCGCGUCCGAGAAACCCAAGAAGAAGCAGCAGUAAUUGAUACAGCUAUUGAAGAUGAACCUGCAUCGGCUGUUCAGUCGCAGUCGGAUGCAACAGCUUCGGAAAUGCGCGUUUAUUGGUCUUUUGUGGUUGGUAUGCUCACAAAUCUUGGAUCUUUGGAAUUGGAAAGAAUUCAUAAUAUGUUGACAAUGUUUAUACCUCCCCCCGAUGGUUACAAUCGAACCCAGAAUGAAUUACGAGAAUUUCUUGCUUUGAUGGUCAAAGAAGAUAAGCUGGAAUUUACUGGAGGUGCUUAUAAACUCAAAUAA